AUGUCUGCUCCAGCUAACCAAUUACCUGUUGGUGAUUUUUCACAAUUAACAACUCCUUUGCCAGCUAGUCUGUCUCCAAUUACUAAUAAUUCUCCUUCUGAGUCCAGCUCCUCUUCCAAAUUUUUAAGUACUAACCCAGUUUUCACUUAUUUAAAUGGCGUUUAUAACAAUAUUCAUAAUCACAGAAGGUCUCUUUCCUUAGUUAAUCCAGGUACUAUUGAAAAUUUAAAUAAGGAAGUUUCCAAAGAUGUUUUUGUCAGCCAAUAUUUUUUCACUGGUUUAAGAGCUGAUUUAAAUAAAAUCUUCAAUAUAAACCCAGCUUUUCAAACUUCUCAUACUUUUUCUAUUGGUUCUCAAUCUUUGCCAAGUUAUGCAUUUAGUGCUAUGCUUGUCAAUGACAAGUUGUUUGCUCAGGGUAAUGUUGACAAUGAAUUUGGUCUUAGUGGUAGAGUCAAUUAUGGUUGGGAUAAAUCUAAUAUCUCCAAGUUAACUUUACAAAUUGCUGCUAGUCAACCAACUAUGUUACAAUUGGAACAUGAUUACCAAGGCUCUGAUUUCUCUUUGAACUUUAAAGCUUUGAAUCCAGACUUGUUACAAGGUAACAAAUUCACCGGUGUUGCUGUCGGAUCUAUUUUACAAAGUAUUACUUCUAAUUUGGCUGUUGGCCUGGAAACUAUUUAUUCUCGUUCUCAGGCAACCAUGCCAGCUGAUUCUGCCAUCUCAUAUUUUGGUCGUUAUGUUUCCACCAAGAAAGAUUGGAUUGUUUCUGGUCAAGUUCAGGCUAGUGGUAAUGUAAUCGGUUCUUUCUGGCGUAAAGUCACACCAAACGUUGAAGCUGGUUUGGAAACUCAGUUGCAAGCUAGUUUACUCCCAAUCAACGAUCCUGUCAUUGGUGCUCCAAUCGGUUUCCAACCAACCAUUGAAGGUGUCACCACUCUUGCUUGCAAAUAUGAAUACAGAUCAUCAUCUUUCCGUGGUGGUAUUGAUUCCAAGGGCAAAGUUUCUUGUUUUGUAGAAAAAAAGAUUUUGCCAACUUUGGGUGUUUUGUUUUGUGGAGAAAUAGAUCAUGCUACAAAGGAUUGUAAAGUUGGUUGUGGUUUACAAUUUGAAACUGCAGGUACUCAUGAAAUAUUUAUGAUGCAACAAGGUUUGGAUGUUAAUGGUAAUCCAUUGCAAAUGCCAGCUCAACCAACUGCUUAA